AUGUGCCCUCGUGUCCUCAUAUGUCCCCUCGUGUCCUCUUAUGUGCCCUCGUGUCCUCAUAUGUCCCCUCGUGUCCUCUGCAGGGUGAUCACCUAUGAGUGCUGUCCUGGUUAUGAGAAGAUCCCUGGAGAGCGGGGCUGUCCUGCUGCGCUGCCUCUGGUGAACAUCUACAACACGCUGGGCGUGGUGGGCGCCUCCACCACCCAGAUGUACGUGCAGCGGGCGGAGCUGCGGCCGGAGGUGGAGCGGCCGGGCAGCUUCACCUUCUUCGCCCCGAGCAACGAGGCGUGGGCCGCCCUGCCCGUGGAGAUCCUGGACGCUCUGGUGAGCAACGUGAACAUCGAGCUGCUCAACGCGCUGCACUACCACAUGGUGGAGCAGCGCCUCACCUCGGAGGAGCUGAGGCACGGAGCGGCCUUCACCUCCCGCUACCAGGACGCCACGCUGCACAUCCACCACUACAGCAACGGGGUGGUCACGGUGAACUGUGCUCGGCUGAUCAAACCCGACCAACACGCCACCAACGGCAUCGUGCACGUUGUGGACCGCGUCAUCACCGCCGUCUCCAACAGCGUGCACGCGCUCAUCGACGUGGACGACGACCUAGAGACGCUGCGCACGGCGAUAGCGGCCGCAGGUCUCACCGCCAUGCUGGAGGCCGACGGCCAGUACACCGUCUUCGCCCCCACCAACGACGCCUUCGAAAAGAUUCCUCCGGAGACCCUGAACCGGAUCCUGGGGGACCCCGUGGCCCUGAGAGACCUGCUGAACUACCACAUCCUGAAGCACAUGCAAUGCUCCGAGGCCGUGGUGGCGGGGACCCCCAUGGAGACGCUGCAGGGCGCCGUGCUGGAGGUGGGCUGCGACGGGGACCGGCUGACCCUCAACGGCAGAGCCAUCGUCACCAAGAGGGACCAGCUGGGCACCAACGGGGUCCUGCACUACAUCGACGAGCUGCUGGUGCCCGACUCAGUCAAAGUUCUGCUGGAGCUGGCUGAGGAUUCAUCCGUUGCCACGGCGACCAGGCUGUUCGUGGAGGCGGGGCUAUCCUCCCACCUGACGGGCUCCGAGGCGCUGACCAUGCUGACCCCGCUGAACGACGCCUUCAAGGCCCCCUCCUUCUGGGCCCUGUCCCGGGCCCUGGGCCCCGGGGCCCCCCCCGCUUUCUCUUGGUUCCGGCCCCGUCCCCGGCCCCCCCGGGCCCCUGGCCGCCUGGCCCCCCCGGGCCCCCGGCCCCUGGCCCCCCCCUUUUCCCCUGGCCCCCCGGGCCCCCCCGGUCCCCCGUCUCCCGGUUCUCCCCGGGCCCCUUGGCCGAAUCUCUGCAUUGAGAACGUUUGCAUCGCCGCUCACGACAAGACGGGACGCUACGGCAGCAUGUUCACGGUGGACCGGGUCCUCACCCCCCCCACCGGGACCAUCAUGGACCUGCUGAAGGCCGAGGACCGCUUCAGCCUCCUGGUGGGCGCCGUGCAGACCACCGGCAUGACGGAGCUCCUGAACCAGCAGGGGGCGCUCACCUUCUUCGCUCCCACCAACGACGCCUUCAACGCUCUUCCUCAGGCGGAGCGCCAGCAGCUGAUGAGUGACCCUCAGCAGCUGUUGGCGGUGCUGCGGCUCCACCUGGGGGAGGGUCUGCUGGUCAGUGGAGGAGUCGGCUCUCACACCAGAGUCCAACCUCUGGAGGGAGAGAAGCUGGAGCUGGGCGUGCGUAACUACACCGUGUUCGUCAACAAGGUCCCGGUAGCCGCCGCAGACCUGAUGGCGACGAACGGGGUCGUCCACGCCGUCAACAGCCUGGUCCGCCCGCUGCCUCUGAAGCUGGACCGGGAGCAGGCCGAUGGACCGUCCUCCUCCACCGGGGCGGACUCCAGAAGCUUCAGGGACGACGAGAUGUUCCAGAUGGUUCUCCGGAGUCGCUCCAGCCGGACGAUGAGCCAGUAGAACCACGCAGAACAUCGGAGGAACCGAGGGAACCCCCUGAAGUCUGUUCUCACUGAAGUUGGUUUCUGGUUCAUCUGAAACAGAAACCAACUUCAGCCACCGACUGCUGACCCUGACUAGUUCUACCAGUUAAACCAGUCAAACUAGUGCUACCAGUUAAACCAGUCAAACUAGUGCUACCAGUUAAACCAGUCAAACUAGUUCUACCAGUUAAACCAGUCAAACUAGUUCUACCAGUUAAACUAGUUAUACCAGUUAAACCAGCCAAACUAGUUCUACCAGUCAAACUAGUUCUACCAGUUAAACCAGUUCUACCAGUCAAACUAGUUCUACCAGUUAAACUAGUUAUACCAGUCAAACUAGUUCUACCAGUUAACCCAUUCAAACUAGUUCUACCAGUCAAACUAGUUCUACCAGUUAAACUAGAUAUACCAGUUAAACCAGUCAAACUAGUUCUUCCGGUUAAACCAGUCAAACUAGUUCUACCAGUUAAACCAGUCAAACUAGUGCUACCAGUUAAACCAGUCAAACUAGUUCGACCAGUUAAACCAGUUGAAGCAGGCCCAUCCACAGGGAGCUGAUCACUGAUCAAUACUUGUUGACUCUUUGAUCUCUUUGAUGUUGUUUGUAAACAUUAAACGUUGUUGACCAGAAGACACCGUGUGACCUGGUGUAAAGUGUGUUGUUGUUGUUGUGUACUCUGUGUGUUGCUGUGGUCCUGCAGCAUGUCAGCAGGCCUGAGCUCAAACAAACAAACAAACAAAGUUACAUGAUGCAUUUUUUUAGUUUUUUAAAGACGUUUUCUUUGUGUUUUUCAAAUAAAAACUGACUUAUGAGCUUCA